AUGCUGACUCUUGUUCAGUACCGAUCGGGCGUGUGUAACACCGCAAACUGCAGACGCAAACGCGAAUGCACAAAACGUCACAAAAAGCACAGCACGACAUCUUGUAAGUCAGCCCCGAUUCCUCAGGCUCAACUUCCAACACCCGUUAAGGUUCGUCCUGCAAGCACGGUGGCUCAAGAGCAGGAUGAGAAAUCGGAGACCUACACCAGCCUGGCCCCGGACGAGAGAGGACAGACCAUGGCUCUGCUUUUCUUCCUACAGACGCUGGCUGUUUCCACGGUAGCGGCACAGGGCAGAUUUGUUGACUUAACACACGCACUGGACACUAAUACCGUCUACUGGCCAGGCAGUCCCUCCUUUAAAUUCAACAUUUUAAGCCGUCAACAACAAGACUCGUUCUGGUACGAGAGUAACAAUUUUUCCACGGCUGAACAUGGUGGUACGCACAUCGACUCGCCGUCCCAUUUCUCCAAGAAUCAAUGGCGGCUCCAUGAAAUACCGUUGAACAAUCUGAUUGGUCCAGGUGUUGUCAUAGAUAUAUCGGCUCGCGCCGAAAAGGACCCGGAUACUCAGGUGGAGAUCGCAGACCUGUUUCAAUGGGAAGAGAAGCAUGGUAAAAUACCAGAGGGUGCAAUCGUUCUUAUGAACUCAGGUUGGGACAAAUACUGGCCGAAUAAAACCGCUGUUUUCGGAUCAAGCACACCCAACAACUCUUCUACGUUCCACUUUCCGGGUUUCAGCCCACGCACCGCCAGGUGGAUUAUUGCCAACCGGAAGUACAUCAACGCCAUCGGCGUUGACACCCCUUCUAUAGAUUUCGGACAGUCUCGGGACUUCCAAACCCAUGUGACGGUUUUCGGUGCCAACAUCGUAGGUCUUGAGAACGUGGCAAAUUUGAGCAGAGUUCCUGUGACCGGAGCCACAGUGUUCGCGAUCCCUGUCAAAAUCAGAGACGGAAGUGGCGGUCCUUUAAGGAUAUUUGCCAUGAUAAAUGAUGUAAAUCGUGCUGGAAUUAACCACCCCGAAAUUUUGUGCAUGAUGGUCACUUUUAUCAGUAUUUUGCUUAUCUAAAUACUGCCUUCAUCGUCCUCUCUAGAGUUAACCAGAACAAUAUAUUGCUGCUGUGUUCAUUUGUAUAAUGAGUUUCUCGAUCGUCACUGAGAUGAAUCUCAUAAAUCAAUGUCGAUAUCAGAAGACAGAAAUCACGCUCAAUGACUGAACUUUUCCCACUUAAUGCAAUGCUUUUCUGUGAGCUAAAAUUUUAUCUGAAACUUCCAAAAUAACUGCCAGUUUAUCGAUCACCAACUAUCAGUUUAUCAUGUCUA